GUGAAAAAUGGCGACGUCCAUGGGCCUAAGUUCGUUGCGAGCGACUGCAGUUAUUUCUGCGUUAAAGUCUUCGGCAUGGUGUUGUUCACGCCCGCGUGGUUGGAUUAAAGUAAUAUCUCGUUGUUCUUCUCAAAAUCUGCGCUGUAGUUUGUAUGAACAUGUUCGUGAGGGCUACAGCCACAAGCCCCAUCUAGACAUGACACGCGUUUGCAACAAGACGGAUGAAGUCAUAGACGAUGUUGUUAAACGUAAGGGAGACCUACGGAGAGAAGACGUCGGAGAAAUUGUGGCAGUGUGGCGAGGACUGCAGGAGGUUCGUAAAAGAAUUGCAUCGCUGGAGGAACAGAAGAGAAGUAUAAGCGCUGCUGUCAAGACGCUUGUGGAACAGCAUGACAAAACAACUCUGUCUGAUUCAGUGGAGUAUAGACGAGCGCGAGAAAAAGGAAGGGAGAUAAGAGUGACACUCAGUCAGCUGCUGCUGCAGGAGACGGAGCUGGAAGAGGUUCACUACCGGCAGGCCCUGAGGCUGCCUAACCGGACCCAUCCUGACGUGCCAGUUGGGGAUGAGAGCCAAGCUAGAAUGGUGGAGCUUGUUGGUCAAAAGCCAGAAUUUGAUUUUAAAGUCAGAGGUCAUCUAGAGAUUGGCGAGGCUUUGGGCAUCAUCAGGCAAAGACGUCUAGCCCAUGUGUCAGGACACAGGUCAUACUACCUUCGCGGAGCAGGGGCCCGGCUCCAGACAGCCCUGCAGAACUUAGUGCUGGACCUGCUGCAGCGCCGUGGCUUCAUCGCUAUGACUGUGCCUGACUUACUGAAAGGAGCUGUAUUUGAGGGCUGUGGCAUGCAGCCGUAUUCCCACCACUCUCAGGUCUACUCCCUCGACCAAUCCCGCUUUCCUGACCUCAACUUGGCCGGCACAGGGGAAGUAGGCAUUGCAGGCUACUUCAUGGACCAUGCAGUAAAUUGGAAGGACCUCCCUGUCAGAACUGUGUGCAGUAGCACGUGUUAUCGGGCAGAGACUGACACUGGCAGAGAGACCUGGGGCCUCUACCGAGUUCAUCACUUUAACAAGGUGGAGAUGUUUGGGGUGACUGCUGAUGAGUCUGGAGAGGAGAGUGCCCAGAUGCUCCAAGAGUUUGUAUCCCUCCAGAAAGAAAUAUUUUCAUCCCUUGAGCUCCACUUUAGAGUCCUUGAUAUGCCCACUCAGGAGCUGGGUCCCCCAGCCUACAGAAAAUAUGACAUAGAGGCCUGGAUGCCAGGACGAGGCAGCUUUGGAGAGAUCUCCAGUGCUUCCAACUGUACAGACUACCAAAGUCGCAGACUGAACAUUCUUUAUGAGACAGAGGGGGGCAGUCUGCACCAUGCCCACACAGUAAAUGGCACAGCCUGUGCUAUCCCCCGCAUCAUGAUUGCUAUUUUGGAGACUCAUCAGAAUAGGGAUGGAAGUGUACGCAUACCGCAAGCCUUGCAGCCCUAUAUGGCUAUGGAGGUCAUUCAUAAGCCAGAAUACUUGCCCUUAAAAUACAUAGGGCCAAAUCAGCCCAGCCACCAACUUUGUCCAAUAACCACAACUAGAUAAUCACUGAUAUUUAAUCGUUCUUGUAAUAACGAAAACAUCAAUGCUUUUAAUAUAAUUUUUACUGCCCUCUUUUUGUGUCUGUGGCCACAUAUAGGGGCAGCUGAUAUUUAUGUGCUGCUGAUCUGUAUUCAGGAUGAUCUGACACAAUGCACCUCAUGUUGGAAAAAAAAAAAUAAAAUAAAAUAAGUGAAACACAA